GUAUUUCAAUGAUAUGUGUAAUAUAUGUGUAUAUAUAUAUAUAUAGGCAUAUAUUUAUAUAAAAUUACGUUUCAUAUCGAAAUGAAAUCAACAUCUUUGCUUCAAAGUAAACUGAUCUCUCAUAGAGCAUCAAUAAAUAUGAUGCUAGCUCUACUUGCGCGUUUACUACAUUAAAAAAAGAAAGAUACGUAUGGUCUUCAAAUAUUUAUCAAUUUAUAUGUUCAGUGGAGAAAACGUUCUGGAGAAACGUUUAGAAAACAAAUUGUUUAAUAGAGCUACAGCACUUUAUGUAAUUUAUCGCGUCAUUAUGAUAAAUUGUGAUAAAUUACGUGACAUUAUUUCGCUAUAGACUUUGCGUGCACAACUUUACGAAAAAGAAUUUUUCAUUAUAUUUGAUGUAAAGACGAUUGUUUUACAUACUCGACUUUCAAAGCUAUGUUAUUCGUCAGACAGAAUGGUUUUUAUUGGUGAACGCUGCUUGAAUUUGCAUCGGAUAACGCUAUCACUUCUUGGUUUGUGGCCUUAUCAAAAACCAAGUGUUUUACGAACAGUUUUCUUUUUCGGUAUUUUUUUUGCCUCUUUGGUUUUUCAGUUAACGGUAUUUAUAACAACAAAAUACGACACGGAAUUUAUUAUUACAGAACUUACACGUUUUUGCCCCUUUGUCAUUUAUUUUUUAAAUUAUAACUGUUUUUAUUUCAACUCUAAAAGCAUUAAACAAUUAUUGGAACAUAUAAAGUUGGACUGGAAGAUAAUGGAAGACAGUGAAAUGAAAAUAAUUAAAAAAUAUUCAUACAUUGGUUACUUCUUUUCAUUCUCUGUAAAUAUUUUACUCACUUUGGUUAUGCUUAUUUUUACGAUCAUCGAAUUCAUACCUAUUAUUCUUGACGCAAUUGCGCCAUUGAACGAAUCUCGACCACAUAGAUUUAAAGUAUCUUAUGAACUCUUUAUUGAUGAAGAAGAAUAUUAUUUUUUGUAUUUAAUAGUCGAAGUUGUAACAGUGACGAUUGGAAUUUAUUCAACAGUUAUGACUGGUACAUUCUUGCUUACGAUUGGAGGUCACUUUUGCGCGACAUUUAAAAUUGCUAGCAAUUUAAUUAAAGAAACUGUGACUGAAAAUAUGAUACAAAUGCCUGCUCCUUAUAAAAUUUAUUUCAUGUACCGUAACAUUUGUCGUGCAGUUCAUAUUCAUAGAAGAACUGUGCAGAUUAUAAGUAACAUGUCAAAUUCUUUAACCAUAUGGUAUUUACCUUUGCUUCUAUUUGGCGUUAUAUCUUCAAGUUGCAUUAUUUUUCGAUUUCUUAAUGCAAUAAGACGAUUAAACGAUUUAUCUGAGCUAUUUGUAUCCUUUUCGCUAUUUAUGGCUCAUUUCAUAUACAUGUUUAUUGCGAACCUUGGUGGACAAGUAAUUACUGAUCACAGUUCAGAGAUGUUGAAAUCCGUAUAUAAUACAUUGUGGUACGUAGCUCCACUAUCGAUUCAAAAGUUGAUAUUGUUUCUAUUAACAUCUGUAAAAGAUUAUAAACUGUUGGUUGGUGGUAUUUUUGUUCCAUCUUUUGAAGGUUUUUCUACGCUUAUCACCUCGGCAAUAUCAUAUUUUACAGUAAUAUAUACUAUGCGAGAAUGAUAAAAUGAAGAAAAAUUAGUCGUUCAAAUAGAAGGAAACAUUUUAUUGUGUAGAAAUAAUUGUUUUGAUUUAAACAAGUGAUUCAAACUCUUUAGGUAUAUUGCUGUCUACAGCAUUUCACAAACUGCAACGAGCACAUAUCAUUAAUUUUGAUAAAAUUAUAAUACAUAUUAUAAUAUUAGAGAAGAAGGUGGCAUUAUGGACUAUGUAUUAUGAACAUCUGUAUUAUUUCCGUUAGGUGACGAAUUGCUUAUGGAAUUACUUAUUUGUUUUGUAGCGUAGUAGCAAGUUUCAAUAUAAAAUAUUGCUUAUUAACAAAAUUAUUGAAUAAAAUAUAAAUGGCUGCCUAUAAAGUUCCUUCUCCUCUAUUAUAUAAUUUUGUUAUAUGCAGUUAUGUUAUUUAAAUAUAAAAUAUAUAAAAAGUAUUUAUCACUGAUUAUUGCAUGGCAGUAAAUAUCUACAAUUAAAAUAAUUUUUGCAUUAACUAAUAAAACAUAUUAACAAAAUACAACAAUUUUCUAAACUCUAUAAUUUUAAGUUGGGACAGAAACAUGCGUCAUAGCGUUAUUCAAUAAGGCUGCAGUCGUUAAUGAAGAUAAAAUCGUAACGCUAAUUGAAAAUAAUCAUACAACGCAGGACACUACAAAGAUAUCCACAUAUCUCUAUAUACAUUUGUACAUAAAUUUGUACAAAUAUCUAAACAUUGUCUUUAAAUUUCACUUAACAAAGGCUACGAACUUUUGUUUCCACCUAAUAUUUUAUUCAAUUUAAUUUUAAUGUUAAUGUAUUAACAUGAUUAUAUUAAACAAAUUAAUUUUCCGAAAAA